UAAAAGAUAAUAUCAUUUAAAAAAAAAAAAAAUCAAACAGAAAAACAGAGUCGGAGUAGGAUUGCUAACCAACACCACCAUUACAAACCAUUUUCAUCUCCUUUUCUUCUCACCAAACACAAUUCAAUCAGUUUCCUGCAAUGCUCAGAAUCCUCAACCGGAAGCUCUGGCACCUCUACUCCAAUCUCCGGUGGCGCAUACGCCGUCCCGCGAAGACCAAGAUCGUCAUCCGUCGAUUCGGUCAGCCCACCUCAAAAACUCACCUGAAAGUAGAAUCCAACGGCUCACAUCACGACAUGAAUCCCAAACCAAUUAGAAUAGCCACCUUCAACGCCGCCAUGUUCUCCAUGGCCCCCGCCAUACCCAAAUCCGACGAAGAGUGCUAUCCGAAUUCUUCUAGAAAUGGGGUGGAGUUGGAUAUCCGAAGCAAGUCAGCAAACAAUCGCCCGAAGAGUAUACUCAAGCGUUCUUCGACGUAUUCGUAUUCGACAGGUAAUUCUGUUGACAAUCUCUCUAAGCAACAGCGAUUUGGAAAAUCGAAAUUGCGGGUGUCAAUCAAUCUCCCCGAUAAUGAGAUUUCAUUGGAGCGUACCAGACAGUUGAAUUUCACGGAAGAUGAUAAAGCAGUGCCGUCGAUCAUGGAUAGAAAUUGGAAAGGGAAAGCUCCUAUGAAAUCCAGUUGGAGCUUUAAUGCUCGAAAGGGGAUGAAUGGCCACAGCGAGAGCUCGAGAAGCAAUAGGACGGUUCUUGAUGUUUUGAAAGAGGUGAAUCCAGAUAUCUUGGCUUUGCAAGAUGUGAAGGCGGACGAAGAGAAAGGAAUGAGUCCGUUGUCCGAUUUGGCGGAUGCGUUGGGGAUGAAGUAUGUGUUCGGGGAGAGCUGGGCUCCUGAGUAUGGCAAUGCGGUUCUUUCAAAGUGGCCGAUAAAGAGAUGGAAAGUUCAGAAAAUCAUUGAUGAUACUGACUUCAGGAAUGUGCUGAAAGCUACGAUUGAUGUCCCCCAAGUAGGGGAAGUGAACUUCCACUGCACCCACCUCGACCAUCUGGACGAGAACUGGAGAAUGAAGCAGAUAAGUGCGAUAAUUCAAUCUGAGGAAGUCCCCCACAUACUAGCUGGAGGUCUCAAUUCUCUUGAUGAGAUGGACUAUUCAGCUGAGCGAUGGAUAGAUAUCGUAAAAUACUAUGAGGAGAUUGGAAAACCGACUCCGAAGGUGGAGGUGAUGAGGUUCUUGAAGGGGAAGAAGUACCAAGAUGCCAAGAACUUCUCUGGGGAAUGCGAACCUGUAGUUAUGAUCGCCAAAGGGCAAGCUGUUCAAGGGACUUGCAAGUAUGGAACGCGAGUGGACUACAUACUAGCAUCGCCCAAUUCACCAUACCAUUUUGUGCCCAAUUCAUACACUGUCAUGUCGUCCAAAGGGACGUCCGAUCACCACAUUGUGAAGGUCGACAUUAUGUUCGGUAAAGCAAUGGACGGCAACGAUAGCAUUGGACGUAGACGGCAACACAAGAAAAGGGUUGUGAAGAUGACAAAUCCUUCUUCAUCAAGAGGUAUAUGGGGAACAAAUUCAUGACACAAACUGAUGCUUUUGACCUUUUUUUUUUUUUUUUUUUUUUCCCUCUUUAAUCAUCGGUUUUGCCGAUUAAUCACAUGGUUUUUUUUUUUUUUUUUCUCUAAUUUGGUUUUUGGUUUUUCUAAUUUUAUUUUGGGGAGAGUGUGUUUGUUUAUAAGGCUUGUUCCCCACAUUGAAUUGUGUGUGUGUGUGUGUGUAAAAUGGUUUGAAAUUAGUGGAACUAAUGAAAAAGAAAAGGAGAGAUUUGUGAA